CUUUAUACUCUCCGUAGCACAUUGGCAGGUCCAGUCUUCUCAGCGCUAUACGGAGUCUCUCUUCUCUCUCUCUCUCUCUCUCUCUCUCUCUCUCUCUUAAUAUAUCCGAUUAUCUUCGUUAUUGCUGCUCUCGAAAUUUUGUUCUAUCAAGUGUAUAUGCACUUAUAUAGUGCCCCACAUGAAGGAUCAAAUGUUUAGUUGGUUAUCUGUUUUGUCUAUGCAUUAUUUGGAAGUUAUAAUGUACCGGACCAAGUUGUACAUGGCUGAGGACCAAAAAUAGUGGUGGUAUCUGUUUGAAAAACAGAAAUGGAUUUUCAGAAUAACCCACAGGGUGAACAUGGAAGAUUUGAGCAAAUACUUGCUCAAUUUCUUUUGAAAAGCUUGCAUAUUAUUUUGGACUCGAGGGUUCCUUCGAUACGACCUUAUGGUGGGAUUGGAGAGGUGAAGAAGAGUGACAGGUGGUUCAAUUUGGUGUUGGGAGAUCGUCCUGCUGUUCUUGAUAACCUGAAUUUGUUGCACAGAAAUUUGGGGGAACCGAUGAUAAUAGAUAUAAUACUUGUUCAAGAUAAACCUAGUACUACUUCAUCGGAGCACAAUUCAGGUACAACAUUUGCAGGGCCAUAUAUAGAUACCGUUAUAGAGAGAUGGGUCGUGCAAUGUGAGAAUCGGAGGUUAAUGGUUCCUCAAAUGGGUGAUUCCUCUUUCAAGAAAAUAUACAAGAAAUCUAUUAUACUCCUCCGUUCCCUUUACUCAAUGAUGAGGCUUCUGCCUGCGUUCAAGGCCUUCAGGAAACUAUCUUCGUCAAGUCAGAGUUGUUAUUUUGAUAUUAAUUUUAAGGUAUCUUCAUUUAGUGAGCCAUUCUCAAGGGCAGAGGAGGAGAUGAUGAAGCAAUAUACUUUUACUCCAGUUGAUGCCCAGCAAGGCCGUCUUUCUUUAUCCGUAACAUAUCGUGAAACUCUGGUGGACUUCAACCUGGAGACUUCUGCAUCCUUUCCACCUGAGAUCAUUACGGAUUAUGUUGGUAGUCCACUCACUGAUCCUAUGAGGUCAUUCCCUUUGACCUCAACGGAUAAGGGUGUUCAUCAUACUUCAUUUCCAUUGAGAAGGACACAGUCAUCUAAUUCAGCACCUGGUCAGCGCCCGCAGAGUUGGACAAGUGGUCUCUUCAGGGCACCUUCUUUACCUCAGCCAUAUGUAGGAUCUCCACCUUUAUACCAUGCACCAUAUGAGCUUUCAUCUUCAGUCAGUGAUGUAUAUGGACAGAGGGUUCCACCUAACUACAAAUUUCUCACUCACCAGAAAGCAACUUUUGAUGAUGAUCAGCUUUCCCCUCCAUUUUCUCCAUAUGCGUCUCCUUCUCCACCCACAUGUCUCUCAGGUGUAAAUAUCCCUCAUCCAUUGAUAGGCAGAACCUCCAGACACCUAUCUCCUAAUUUGUCUGAUCCAAACAGGCAUUCUCUCCCACCUAUGUCACCUAGAAGCACAAAGCACGAUUCUUCAAGGAAAAUGGAUUUUCUAAGGGCUCCAGAGUCAGAUACUGGGACUACUAAUCCUGGACAAAAGGUGUCUGCAGAUGCUAGAGACGAUUCAGGGCGGUUCUCAGCUGUGCUAUCUUCAAGCGGUUCGCCACGUGUUGGAUUUUCUAGAAGUUCUAGCAGCAGAUUAUCUUUUCAGGAUGACUUGGAUGACUGUCCUUUUAUAGUUGAUGAUGUUGAUACUUCUGAUUCCCGAGCCAGGUUGGACAUCAUAAGAAGCUGGACUUCAGGUAGUAUUGAGAAUUGAGCUUCUGAUGAAUGUUGAAGAGAUAAUUAGCAUUUGACCUAUUGAAUGGGCCAUGUAGCUAUCAUUCUCAGGGAUACACAUGAAUUUUCAACUUCAAGUUAUUUUUUAACUUUAAACUCCAAUAUGCAGAAAGUCUAUCAAGGAGAAAGAUCUUUCUCUUUUCACUUAAUGAGUUAAUGGAAGGAUAUGGCAAUAAGAUGACAUAGACAAUAAUGUUUUAAGAUCAGUGAUCUAUCCAUUUUUCUUGACAUUACAAUUAUAGUUGUUCUCUGUGAGAUAAGAAGCUAGUGUUUUUUUUUUUUUUUUUGGAUGAAGUAAGAAGCUAGUGUUAGGCUAUAUAUUAGCAUGCUUUCGUUUUUACUUUGUCCUUAAAGUUUGCCUGCUUUCUUUUAGUGUUUAUGUCUCUGAUCUACCCUUUAUAUAUUGCCUAUUUUCGAGAUUAUUUAGUACUUUUUGAGUGCUGUGCUGCUUUAAAUUGUAAUGGUGUCUAUUUAUGCAUGUAAAUUUCGAAUUAGGGGAAAAACACCUUAUUAUGGUUUUACCUGCAUACUUUUAGGUUUGCACUUUUUAGUUUUGUCUCGUGUGAUAUAAGUGAAAAUUUCAUCGGAAGAAGUUGGACGAAACAGAUCAACUGAAAAAGUGGCUCCUUGCCAAACAAAGCCAGGCAACUGUGGUAUGCAUACAACAUGCAGACAGACACUCACAUGAAAAUUGAUAAUUUAGUUACUAGUUUUCCAGAGCUUAUAGAAUUUCCUCUUGUGGACAUGUUAGAACUUCAUAAUUCCAAGAUGAUAUCACGUUCAGUGUCCCAAAUGUAGAUAUAGUCAUAAAAAUUUGAUUCUUGGGGAUGUUUUUAUUAGAAGCUUAAAUAAGAUUCAAUGAGAAGAAAAAAUGAACUUUUUACCAUAAUCAUAUUUUUGCCUUUUGCUUUAUAACUUGAGCUAGGUUCUGCCUCAUAUGGCCGUGUGUAAUUUUCCAGUUAUACUUCAUUUUCUAUCAUUGAAUUGCAUAAAAUCUUGUGGCUGCUUAUGAACUAGUUCACAAAUCUAUUUCUCUUCUUUUCUCUGGUUCAAUUGAGAAGUUUAUCGAACGUGUUUGGUUGACCAUUGUAGGAGGAAAGGUUCAAUUUGUCAUGAUACUUUGUGCCCACAUAGCUACAAUGGUAGAGACAUGGGAAUAUGAAGAUGAAACUGGUGGGAUUUUUAAGCUAAGAAGAAGAGAAGGAGGUCAUAAUUUUGGUGGAAAAAGAAAAAUUAAAAUUUAAUGUGUGCAAAGAGAAAAGCACAAUAUAUUGUUCCAACCAAGUUUGCUGUUUGCCCAAUUUUUCAUUUUUAGUUCUAUGAAAAAGGGGAGAUUUUUGGUUACUAUGACUCCUUGUUUAGCCCUCUCAAGUGUUAGAAAGCUGGGAAAAUGAGCUAAAAGGGAUCUUUGAGAGUGGAAUGAAGAAUAGGGGAUUUCUAUUUCUUUUUCUUUUUCUUUUGUUAUAAACAUUUAAUUAGGGGUUAAUUAUGAAGUGAUGAGGUUGAAUUAAAAUAUUUGUAAACUUAGGGUAAAAAAUUAAAAGAUCAAAAACUUUUAACAAAACCCAAAAUCCCAUCCAUUAAAAUAUUUGUAAACUUAGGGUAAAAAAUUAAACGGAAAAGGGCCAAAAUUACCUCUGAACUUUGAAAAAUAGUUCAUCCAUACCCUUCGUUAUACUUUAGGGUCAAUUAUACCAUUACCGUUAUACUAUGGGGUCAAUUAUACCCUUUAUGUCUAAUUGCUGCCACGUGACAU